UCAGCAUCACUGGAUGACACAGCAGAUCCAGUUUCAUCUGAUAAACCUGCAUCUCUUUAUAAUGGAUAAAUCAUACUCUCAAAACUUCACAGUUCAAUACUGCUUUCCUGGAAACAAUGCAUCCUGCAGAAAGCAGCUCCACACUCCAACCAACCUGCUCAUCCUCUCUCUGGCUGCAGCAGAUCUUCUCGUGGGAAUGUUUGUUAUGCCUGUGAAAAUAAUGCAGCUGAGAGACUCCUGUUGGUAUUUUGGAGACACGGCAUGUACUGUCUCUGAAAUCAUCAUCAGCUACUCAAUGACUACAUCUCUCUAUCAUCUGGUUUUAAUUGCAGUUGAUCGAUACAUUGCUGUCAGUGAUCCUCUGCAUUAUCCCACUAGAAUUACAGUUUGUAAAACAUCUCUGUUCAUAGUUCUAAGCUGGACUUUUUCCCUGUUAUAUAUCACGAUAGUUUUGUACUUUAAUGACCAUCUACUUCAAUCUCAAAUAAUCACCAGUUGUUAUGGAGAGUGUGUAGUGAUUGUUAAAUAUUACUGGAUGAUUAUUGAUCUGGUAAUUUGUUUUGUAGCUCCUUGCUCUGUUAUACUGAUCCUGUAUUCAAUUAUUUUUAAAGCUGCAAAACGUCAAGCUAAAGCUGUCAGAGCUGUAAGACUUGCCUUAAAGAAACACAGCUCUUCAAAUUCUUCUGAAAUCAAAGCAGCAAAAACACUGGGACUCGUGAUUUUUGUUUAUCUUUCUUGCUGGAUUCCAUUUUAUAUAAGUUCUUUGUCCAUUGAAAGCAUGACAACUACCUCAAUAAUGUGGACUGUGUUUGGAUGGUUAGUGUACAUAAACUCCUCAUUGAAUCCUCUGAUGUAUGCAAUAUUCUAUCCAUGGUUUAAAACAUCAGUUAAAUUUAUUGUAUCUGGUCGGAUAUUUGAAUCCGCAUCUUCAAGUUUUAAUCUGAUACCAGAUCAUUUUUAAUUUAAUGUCAUGUUCGUUUCAGUGAAUAAAUUUGCUUGGCUUAAAAUUUCUCUUUAUAUUAUUUAGAUUAAGAUUGUAUUUACAAAAAAAAAUUGGGAACUGAUAUUUUAUAAAUAUCAUUAAAAAAGAAAGAAAAGGGGGUUUAAAUUUCUAGUAAUA